AUGACUGAGCACUCAGAGGUGACAGGAAAUCUGAGGAAGUUACAAGUUUCCCACAGUACUUUAAAGUGUGAAAACAUGGAAGUCACAGAACUUUUAAAAGACCCAAUACCGUGGAACAUCAGAGGUCAAAUUAAAGAGGAAUUGGAAACAUGGACAGAAGAUGACACAAUGUUUAUAGAAACAAAUGGAGCAAAAAAUGUAUUAAAAUGUAUUAUAGAAAACGGUUGCGUUGUUGUCAGCGGAUGUUCAGGAAUGGGCAAAUCAUCAUUAGUGCGUCAUGUUGCUCUACAAAUGCAAAAAAGAGGCUAUGAUAUUUUAGCGGUUACAAGCCCUGAAGAAAUCAUUAAAUGGUACAAUCCAAGAAAGAAAAUCCUGUUUGUUGUCGAUGACUUUUGUGGAACAUAUACCUUAAAUCCUUUGAAGUUGGAAAGAUGGAAAAAUCUGAUGGAAAAAAUCAAAACAUUAAUAAAAAAGAAACCAGUCAAAUUAAUCAUGUCUUGUAGACUGCAGGUUUUUAAGGAUGAGAAAAUGAAAACUUUAUCUUUGAACCAGUCUUGUGAAUGUAAUCUUUUGUCAAAAGAUUACCGCUUGUCAGAAACAGAAAAACAAUCAAUUGCAGAACUUUACUUGAAAUCAAAUGCACAUAAGAUCAAGAAAUUUAAUGACAUGUUUGACUGUUUUCCUCUUUUAUGUCAAUUAUACAGUAAAACCAGAAAUAUGAGAAUGGAAGAUUUCUUUCAGAAUCCAUUUACAGUUUAUAAAGAAGAGAUAGAUAGAUUACAGACGGAAGGAGCACAUGACAAAUACUGUGCACUUGCUCUGUGUGUAAUGUUUAACAAUUGUUUUCAAGAAGAAUGGCUCACAGAAGAUGUCAAUAAUGAUAUCAAAACAAUUAUAAAGAACACAUAUGAAGCUUGUAAAGUGGUGAAAGGAACUUCACGAUUGGUACUUCGUGAUGCACUGGAUUCACUAAAACAUACAUUUAUCAGGAAGGAUGGUAAAGUGUACAGAAUUAUUCAUGACAAGCUGUUUGACUUUUUUGCUUAUUACUUUGGCAGUGUUAUGAUUUAUUGUUUAAUAAGUAAUGCAUCAAGUCAUUUCAUUCGUGAAAGGUUUGUUUUUGAAAAAAAAAGAAAGAGAGAUGCAUUUUUAAUAGAUGUAUCAGAAAGAUAUCAGCAAAUGUAUAUGAAUAGAUUGAUAGAUGACUGGUUCGUAGGAGAGGUAGAAGAUGUCUUCUGUAACAUCAAUAUGGAUGAUCAAAUCUUCAGACAAAGAAUACUUGUACAUUCAAAAGGUUUAGAUAUUUCAAAACAGAAACAAUUGGCUAAUCUAUAUAGCAUACAAAACAAAGAUACUCCGUUAAUACAGAGUUGUUAUAUAGGAGAUACCGAUCUGGUUACAUGGUGUUUAUAUCAUUGUAAUAGUAAUGUUAACCAUUGUAGAGAUAGUGAUAGAAUAUCACCUCUGUUCGUGACUUGUCAGGAAGGACAUACUGAAGUACUACAGAUGUUAAUAAACAAUAAGGCUGACAUUAAUAAGUGUAAUGCUGAAGAAGUAUCACCUCUGUUCAUUGCUUGUCAGGAAGGACAUACUGCAGUAAUACAUAUGUUAAUCAACAAUAAGGCAGACAUUAAUAAGUGUACAGAUACUGGAUCAUCACCUCUGUUCAUUGCUUGUAAGGAAGGACAAACUGAUGUUGUACAGAUGUUGAUAAACAAUAAGGCUGACAUUAAUAAAUGUCUAAAUACUGGAACAUCACCUCUGCUCAUUGCUUGUAAUCAAGGGGGUAUUGAAAUAGUACAGUUGUUAAUAAACAAUAAGGCUGACAUUAAUAAGUGUAAUAAUGAUGGAGUAUCACCUCUGGUCAUGGCUUGUGAUAAAGGACAUACUGAAGUAGUACAGAUGUUAAUAAACAAUAAGGCUGAUAUAAAUAGGUGUAAUAAUGAAGAAAAAUCACCUCUGUUGAUGGCUUGUCAGCAAGGACAAGCUGAAGUAGUACAGAUGCAAAUAAACAAUAAGGCUGACAUUAAUAAGUGGGAUAUAAAUUAUAGAUUAUCACCACUGUGGUUAGCUUGUGCGAAAGGAUAUACUGAAGUAGUGCAAAUGUUAAUACACAAUAAGGCAGACAUUAAUAAGUGUACAGAUACUGGAUCAUCACCUUUGUUCAUUGCUUGUCAGGAAGGACAAACUGAUGUAGUACAUAUGUUAAUAAACAAUAAGGCUGAUAUUAAUAAGUGUGAUAAUAAAGAAGUAUCACCUCUGUGUAUAGCUUGUGAUAGAGGACAUACUAAGGUAGUGCAAAUGUUAAUAAACAAUAAGGCAGACAUUAAUAAGUGUACAGAUACUGGAUUAUCACCUCUGUUCCUGGCUUGUCAGAAUGGACAUACUGAAGUAGUACAGAUGUUAUUAAACAAUAAGGCUAACAUUAAUAAGUGUAGGGAUAAUGAUGGAGUAUCACCUCUGUUCAUGGCUUGUCAGGAAGGACAUACUGCAGUUAUACAGAUGUUAAUAAACAAUAAGGCUGAUAUUAAUAAGUGUGAUGAUAGAGAAGAAUCACCUCUGUGUGUAGCUUGUGAUAGAGGUCAAACUGAGGUAGUGCAAAUGUUAAUACACAACAAAGAAGACAUAAAUAAGUGUACAGAUACUGGAAUAUCACCUCUAUUCCUGGCUUGUUUGAAUGGACAUACCGAAGUAGUACAGAUAUUAAUAAACAAUAAGGCUGACAUUAUGAAGUGUAAUAAUGAAGAAGUAUCACCUCUGCUUGUGGCUUGUCAGGAAGGACAUACUGAAGUAGUACAGAUGUUAAUAAACAAUAAGGCUGAUAUUAAUAAGUGUAGGGAUAAUGAUGGAGUAUCACCUCUGGUCAUGGCUUGUCAGGAAGGACAUACUGAAGUAGUACAGAUGUUAAUAAACAAUAAAGCUGACAUUUAUAAGUGUAAUAAUGCAGAAGUAUCACCUCUGUUUAUGGCUUGUGAGAAUGGAAAUACUGAAGUAGUACAGAUGUUAAUAAACAAUAAGGCUGACAUCAAUAAGUGUAGAAAUAAUGGCGUAUCACCUCUGUUAAUGGCUUGUCAGGAAGGACAUACUGAAGUAGUGCAGAUUUUAAUAAACAAUAAUGCAGACAUUCUAAAGUGUUGUGAUAAAAAAGCUUCACCUCUGUUCAUUGCUUGUCACCAAGGACAUACUGAAAUAGUUCAGAUGCUUAUAAACAAUGAGGCUGACAUUAAUAUGUGUGUAUAUACUGGAUCAUCUCCUGUAUCCAUUGCUUGUGAAAGAGGACAUACUGAAGUAGUAGAGAUGUUAAUAAACAAUGAGGCUGACAUUAAUAAGUGUCGAGAUACUGGAGUAUCACCUCUGUUCAUUGCAUGUCAGGAAGGACAUAGUGAAGUAGUGCAGAUGUUGAUAAACAAUAAGGCUGACAUUAAUAAGUGUAAUGAUGAAGAAAUAUCACCUCUGUUCAUUGCAUGUCAAGCAGGACAUACCGAAGUAGUACAAUUGUUAAUUUACAAUAAGGCUGACAUUAAUAAGUGUAAUGAUGAAGAAGUAUCACCUCUGUUCGUUGCAUGUCAGGCAGGACAUGCCGAAGUAGUACAAUUGUUAAUUUACAAUAAGGCUGACAUUAAUAAGUGUAAUGAUCAAGAAGUAUCACCUCUGUUCAUGGCUUGUCAGCACGGACAUAUUGAAGUAGUAAUAAUGUUAAUGGACAAGAAGGCAGACAUUGAUAAGUUGAUAGGAUCAGGACAAUCCCCUAUAUGGACAGCUUACUUAAAAGAGAUUUUAGAUUUGUUAUUUAAACAUAAUGCAGAUUUGUACAUUAAAUUGAGAGGACUAAUACCACUAGAUAUUGCAAGGAUAGAAAAUCAUACCAAUAACAUACAUUUAUUACCAAAAACAGAAAUUAUUUACAGCAGAAGUUCGGACGACAUAACAAAUUAA